CAUCCGUUCUGUUGCCGACCAGAGGACAAGUGGUUUGCGUCUUGUGCCUCCACCCCCUCACCUGCUGAGCCCUAUAACUUUCAGGCUGGACACCCGUCCAGCCAGGCCAAAGCCACUCUGCUUCCCGCUCCGCAGGGUCCGUGCAGUGACGGCAUGGCUUCCCAGCACCUUUGUCCCCUGAUUUUCACCUGCCUGCUGGCCCUGGCAGCAUGUCUGCCUGCCUUGGACAUCAGAAACUUGCAUCUCCUCAAUGGCACACUGGAUGAAAUCAUGAAUGUUCCCCCAGAGCCCUCCCAGUUCGAUAACGAUACCCUACAUGCUCGACAGGUCAGAGACGUCGCCCCCCGCCCACCAGCAGGUCAUGGCUGGCCCAAAGACUGCAGUGAGGUUCCCGCUGGCAGCCGCAGCGGUGUCUACAUCAUCCAGCCGAAAGGGCUCCACCACAUCGUGGUGUACUGCGAAAUGAAUGUGACACAUGGGGGCUGGACGGUCAUCCAGAGGAACCAGAAAGACACACCAGUCACCUGGGCCGAGUCCUGGAGCACCUACAAGUACGGCUUUGGGAACGUGCGCACCGAGUACUGGCUGGGCACUGAGUACAUCCAUCAGAUCGCCAAGCAGAAGGUCUACCAGGUCAGGUUUGUCAUCCAGGACUCCUCAGACAACAUCCAUUUCGCAGACUACAACCUCUUCAGUGUAGAAGAUGAGUCCCACGGCUACCGGCUGAGGCUGGGCUCCUAUGCAGGGACAGCAGGGGAUGCCAUGACCUCAGACAAUCCCAAGACCAUGCACGACAACAUGAAGUUCUCCACAAAGGAUCGAGAUCAGGACACUUACAGUAAGAACUGUGCCUACAGCUAUGAGGGUGGGUGGUGGUUCUCAGCCUGUUAUUCUGUACGGCUGAAUUUCAAGGGUGGCAUGACAUGGGGUAGCCUGUGCAAAGGGAACUGCAAAUCCUCCCUUAUCCUCCUCAAACCAGCCUCAUACUGUUAGUGCUUCUUCCCCCACCUGUCCAUACUGGACACUCUGCAAAGGCUCUGCAUGGCCAAAGAGUUCAAGCCUUUCUGGAGUGGAGAGAGGAGCCCAGGGGUAGUAGGGUUGUAGCGAAAUGUCACUUUUCAAUUGCCCUCUUUGAGUGCAGGCUCCCCCUCUGCUCAGCUAUUUUCCCCUACGCUUGUCAAUGAUUCCUUGUUCGUAUGUUCAUAAUCAAGAAUAAACAAUUACUUGUGA